AUGGUCAGAAUCGCCUACGCAACAAUCUUGGCUCUUGCCUCCGCCGUUAUGGCCAUUCCAAGCCCUCUGACGCCAGACCCUGCCGGCGAGAAGAACGUUGGCAACGGUGCCGGGGGACAGUUUAUUGGCGGUGCCUGUUUGAGUUCGGCUGACUGUGCUUCGACGUGCUGUGCAACCCUGAACGGCGCCGGUAUCUGCUCGGGUGUAGGAGCCCAGUUCCAAGCUGGCAAGCAAGGCUGUGGAUUUGGCGACGGCGGCUCUGCCCCUGCUGCCUCCGCCCCUGCCGCCGCGCCGGCAGCAUCUGGCACGGCGGGCACUGGAAACGGAUCUGGCUCGGGGUCUGGUGGUAACAUCAACACCUCGGCGCCGGGCUCUCAGAACGUGGGGACUGGGAAUGGCCAACAGUUCAUCACCGGCCAAUGCUUGAGCGACGCUGAUUGCAAGUCUGGGUGCUGUGCCCUGGCCACCGGUCUUUGCGCAGCCGAGGCGGUCGCCAAUGAGGGCCAGGGUUGUGGCUUCGUGGCUUAA